UUCUAAUACUAUAAUAUAUAAAUACACUUUACAGUGUUAAAUUGAUUUAUAAAAAAGGAAAUGCUAACGAUUUGAUAUUUUAACUACAUAUUGUGAUCAGACACAGUCCAUUAGCAGCUAUCAAAUCUUACUUUGUAGGCUCGGAAACACGGUUAAAAAACAUUCCCAAAAAGUAUUUUAGUCCAACACUUACUGUCUAGUUUGCUCUUCGGGGGCCGUCCACGUUUCCUCUUGACUGGUGGCCCCACAGGGGCUGGGAUAGGGACAACUGGUGGGGCCUGUUCCACCUCAAUCUCACUUAGCCCCUCUUCUUCCUCUACCUCAUCCAGUUCAUCCGCUACAGAUGAAUGAGUAAGGACAUCAUGCAGAUAUUAGAUUUUGACAUCAGCACAUUUGCCGACUAGAACCACCACUACAAUAUAUGCUGAAUGUUGUCCUGGUUGGGUUUUGUGUGCCAAAUCAUUGCAAUACACGGGCCUGUCCUGUACAAUCCUCACUAACUCAAACUGUGUUAUGUUAUCAAGACUGAUGAUAGGCCAAAACAUUUUUUGCAGACUUAGUUGUUGACCAUGACAACUUUUUACAGCUAGGUUAAAUGAUAAGUGUGCCCUUUUGGCCUAUUCUGAACAAAUGUAAUUGCAUAUUCUGAUGUCCAAUUGAGGGACUGCUUCACAGAAUAACUGAGAUUUGCAACGUAUAAAAUACCUGUGUCAUCACUAUCGUCCUUCCUGGCCUGCAUCUUCCUCUUCCUGCCCCGACGAGCCUUUUUGGGUGCGGGAGUUCCAUUUUCUUCUUCUUCUAUAACCUCGCCCGUGCAGUUCUCAGAGUGACGCAGCAUUGUGUUCUGAGGACCACACAUAACCAUCACAACUUAAUGACAUACUAUUGGAAAAAAAAAACCCCACAAAAACAGGUGCAUUUGUGUGCUAAAUUUCAGAGCUCAGUCUUACCCUGCGAGUGAAUGUCUUGUUACACUUGCCGCAUACAAAGGCAGUGGGGACAAAGUUGGGAUCAUGGUAGCGCUUGUAGUGCAUGUCCAGAAGCUGCUUCUGCCUAAAUGUUUUAUCACACUGGCUGCAGGCAAACGGCUUCUCCCCCGUAUGUGUACGUUUGUGCAUUACCAUGUGCCGUUCCUAUGGAGGAAAUGGGUUAGAGAAAAAUAGUCAUUACCAUGUGGCAUGGAGGAAAUAGGUUAGAGAAAAAUAGUAAUUUAGAAUAUUACAAAUGCUAUAUAAGCAAUAAAAAUAACACGGCCUAAGGUUUUCAUUUUCCCACACACGCACUUGUCUGCAGCAGUAGUCACACUGUUCACAGCGGAAGCGUUUCUCAUUCUUAUGGGUCUUCUGGUGUUGGAUGAGAGCGUAUCGCUCAUGAAACACAGCAUCACAGUAACGACAUUUCUUUCCCUUCUCAAUAAAUGAGUGCUGCUUCCGCAAGUGAACACCUAGAACAGAAACAGUAAAGAUAUGAAAAUCUGCUUGAUAAAUGUUACUUUGGCCCAUUAUAUAAAUUAAGAAACGCUUCUGAAGCCUUCCAAUCCAGUACACAUUUGUCAGAUUCCUCUCUCUACAAUGAUUAUAUUUACACACCAAAAGAUUACAAUGAUUGGGACUGGCACGUUUACAUAAUUGAGGAUAUAAAAACUAGCCUUCCAAGCACUUCACCUGCUUUAUUUUCUGCAUCUGAUCACAUUUAGUUUUAAGUAAAAUGGCAGCACAUAACUUACCAAGGUCACUCUUGCGUGCGAUGACAGUAUCACAGUGUGGGCAGUGAAACUUUGCUACGUUCUCUGUGUGUUUCUGCAGAAUAUGCAUCUUCAUGGUGCCACUCUGUGUGAAACGUGCAUGGCAGAUGUAGCACUCGUAUGGCUUUUCACCUGCACCAAAGAGGAGAGAAUUUAGUAAGCAAGGAGACGAUAAUUGAGAGUGACAAUAAAGUCCUUGAGCUCAUGGGGAGAGUUGAUGAAGGAGUUGAAGAGUUCUUUACUAAGAGAGUACUUCCUACUGAUACACUGAAUAAGCAAGAUGAGGAAUCUAUCACAGUGCAUGAAGUGGCUCCUGCCAGCUCUGUCCCUUGUCCACCCCCGACGAAAACACUCAGAAGGAAGCUCGGAGAUUUCUUUACACUCAAAAAGAGAAGAGGUCUGAAAUCAGAAACAAGCCAGGAGGGACGACCCAAAAAGGCCUCCAUCGCUGAUCUCAUUCGCCCGCUCAGGGAGGUCGCCAGAGCUGAGAAAGAAAAAGACAAGGACAAAGUCAAGGAACACGACAAGGAAAAUGAAAAGGAGAAAAUGAAAGAACAUCCGAGUGCUGUUACUGGAGAGUCAGCUGUUCAGGAGACACCUGGUGCUCCGCUGAGGGGUGAAACUGUGCCUCCCCGCCGAGCUCUCAGAGAAGGGAAGUCCCAGUCUCUCAUUUUGCUGUCUGGAUCGGCCACAGCAGGGACUACUAAUGCCAGAAACACUUCAAAGAAACAAUUUGAAGGCCAACAUAGUUUUGAACAGAAACUCCAUCUCAUGCUUCAACGUAUAGGAGUUUCCAAAGUCCAGCCAGGGGAGACACAGAAUCAGGAGGGAGAGAUGAAAAAAGCAGAAUCUGAAGGUACUAUCAUUGACAGUAAACCUGAGCCACCACCUACUUUCACAAAACCUCGAACAAUGUCUGCAUCAUCAGAUACAAGACAUCAAAUUCGCCCCAGCGUGUCAGCACACGAGUCAGCUGGGAAACCCGCUUUGCUUCCAAAGCCCCUUAUCAAGCCAGGUUCACCCCCCACAACAUCUGGCCGCAACACACCUGAGAACGAGCUAGCCCAAAUACAGGAAGGGGAGACAAACACGCCCACUAAACUGAGUCCAACUGCAGCUCCAUCUACCCCUGCUGCUCCUGCACCCACUACUACCACCACUGCUACUGUACCGACAAUCUCAAACUCAGUCCCAGACUCAACCAAUAUUACAAGUACUGUACCUCCCUCUGACACAGAUAUAUGCGCUGACUCUGUUAACCCCGCUGCAGCAACUACACCAUCCACAAAUGUUACAGAGACCGACAGCAAACCUUCAAUCACUGAAGCUAAUGCUACUAUCACUGACCAUGACUCCACCUUUCUGACAACCUUCACAAGCACCACUACACCCACAGAGCCCCCCACCACUGUUUUAGUUACUUCCACUUUCUCUGAGUCCAUGACUCCAAGCCUCUCUGUCACUUCCGACGCAACAACAAUAACUACGCCUUCCAUUACCACCUCGGAAACGGUUUCCGCUCCCGGCAAUGAAAGCUCGGUUUCCACAACAUCAACAAAUCUGUCAACUAAAUCGACUUUCCCAGAUUCAAAUGGUGUCCCCUCCAUCGACGCUACUCCUGCUGCUGGUGGUGAUGCAGCUAUUUCGGUCAUCACCACAGCUUCUUCACCCUCCACCAGCAUAUCAGAUGUGCCACCAGGCUUGUCUGCCCCCGCUAAUUCAGUUACUGAAGCUUGUUAUGAUUCCACUUCAGUCACCUCUACUAGCUCUGUACCUUUAGCUUCAUCAGUCACAAAAACAACAUCUCCACCUCCUUACUCAAGUGAUACCAUUUCAACUGCAGUUUCACCCGUCACCUCAAUUACUUCUUCAUCCCCCCUAAUCUCUUUUGCCCUUCCUCCCACCACCUCCACCUCUUCUACCACCACUACAAGCCCAACAUCCACCGACUGCAUGAACUCUAUCUCUGCUUCCAUCAUUACUCACCCAGCCACCCCUGGCCCUGCUGAUAUAUCUGUUCCCUCCACUUCUUCCAGUGAAACAGACACCACUUCCACCACCACCACCAGUUUAAACCGUGCAGAUACCACUUCCACCACCAGUUCAGCUACCACAGCUGCAAUUUGCUCCCCACUCUUGACUGACUCAGACCCACCUUACACUAACAACGUCAGCACUACCCUCACACCAACUAUUGAUAACUCAAGUGCUACUUCUCCUCAUUUGACCAGUCCAAACCCCUCUAAUGGUCGUCCAGUCCAAGACAAUGAUUUGCAGACAUCUCCUGAAGAAAGAUCUAGUGUAGAGCCUGCAGAAAAGGGCACAGCAGAUGAGGAGCUUGCGAUGGUUCUAAACAGUGAGCAAACUGAGAUGGAUGAAAGCAAGAAAGUCGGCAACGGUGGGGAGAAGAGCGAGAAUGAAAACAAGAAACCAACUCUCACUUCUGACAGUGAAGUCAUAAUAAAAGAAGUGCAGAAAGAAAGUGUUAAACCUGAAUUAGACACAAUGAAAUCAGAAGUGAGAAUGGCUGAACCUGCAUCAGGGAAAGAUGAUGAGUUGUGCAGCGACAAGGGGGAGAUGGAAGGUCAAAAACAAGAAGAGGUUGAUAAGUAAAUCAAAAAUAAAGAAAUUGCUAAACACGGGACCAACUACUGUGACGGGGGCAGGAGAGGCCACAGUAAAGGGUAAAGGAGGGGGGAGGGGGGAGGGAAUGAUCCAUGGCACUUCCUACAGGGACCACCACAUUACAGCAGCACACCACAAAGGGUGGGCCACUGGACCAAAGAACUGAGAUCCCCUUGUGUGUUGUAACCAACAAAUCCAGCAGUGUCUUUGUCCUUUUUUUAACUUUUGUUUGCAUUUUUGCAUUGCACGUAUGAUUAUGUAACAUAAGACAACUACUGUGGUAAAAUACACCAUGUUUACAAUAGAUGGAUAAGAGACAUAGUUAUGACUAUUAAAUGGAAUAUUGAAUUAACUGA